AUGCUGCUUCUCCUGCUCAGCUGUCUCUUGCCCACUGCCAAUGGGAAGAGCUCUGCACUGAUAGACUAUGGCCUGCAGAUUCUAUGGGGCAUCCCAGGGCCACCUGCGGAGCUCUCCCACAGCCUCCACUCCCUAUUUCUGGACAGUCAUGUUUUCCUCGAAUCCUGGUAUCCUGGUCAAGACCAUUUGGAGGAAGCAGCAGGAACAUUAUUCACUCACAUAGAUAAAGCCAUUAAGAAGUUUCGAGAUGAGAAACCAGCACAUCUGGAAGAGGUUCAUGUCCUGAAGCAGCAGUUUUCCAAGCAUCUGGAGGGCCUAUCUGAAGAGCUGAAGGAGAAGGCCUGCAACGAGUCCUGUGACAUCCGCUCCACACUGGAGGUCAUCAGCUGUGCCAACUGCAAGACCCACUUCCUCACCUGCCAAGACCCCACUCUCUGCCCAGGCUCAUGGGCGCUCCCCCAGAUCUCCCCUCCUCCCUGCCCUGCCCCGCUUCCCUGGGACACCACAGCAGAAUCGAGGAACUUCAUGUGGGCUGUGAACCUCAGCAUUGCUCCACCCCUGGCGGCCCUAGCUGGAGAUGUUACAUUUUCUGGCUUGAGAAGAAGAAAAAGAAGAAGGAGAAGGAAGCAGAAAAGGAGGUCCUGGGGCAUCCAGAACUCCCACGGACGGGAAGCUUCCACUGAAAUCCUGCUGGGGCCCAUGGCCCAGCUCCUCAAACAGGGUUUCCUGUCACCUUUGGCCCUGCCGGUGCUCCCUCCUUGGAGCUGGUGGCCAGGCUGGAAGCAGGCUGACUUCAGCAUCACUGUCUAG